AUGCAAACAGGAAAGAUUUUUGUAAUGGAAGAUCUGUGCUUAUCGGAACGUCGGAGACUUAUGGAUUUCGGAAAUGAACAACGAAUUUCUCCUAGGGUUUAUCAGUUAGCCCAAAUAGUUUAUCGAGAGUUCGAGAUCAUGAGAAAUAUUUGUGGUGAAUCCACCUACGGAAGACUAGUGCCUAUUGUUAUCAGUAUCCUAGAAGAAAUGGACAUUUUGGUUCUCGAAAAGCAGAAAUUGGAUCUCGACUUAAAUCUCUUAACUGCUGAAAAGAAUGAUCUUUCUGUAGAGCUAUGUCGUCAAAAAGAACUUUAUUCAGCCUCAAAAAGGCAUAUCCACUGUUUAGAAGAUGAACUUCUUGGGAUGAAAAAAGAAACAGAUAAAAAACUAGAGGAGUUGGAAGAGACUCUUAGACAUUAUAAACUUAUAUCUAAGAAUGCUAAUGAUCACAUUUUCAGACUAGAAGAAAGAGAACAAAAUCUUAAAUCAGAAUUAUCUGCACAAAAUGAAAGAUACACAAAACUACUUAAAAUUUAUGUGGAUUAUAUAGAAACAAAUAGUUUAUCGAUGUCAAACCAUGAUAUUGAAUCAGGAACAGUAUGUGUAAGUCAUAAGAUGGACGUGAAAUUGAACGAUGCAGUGCUGAAAUCGACAGCCGAUACACUUUCUCCAGACGGUGGUUCACAUCUAAAUCCGGGGGAGUUCAAUUGUUUUCUAAAUAAGGAUGUCGAAAAUCAUCCGAACAUCGGUGUUGAGUUAACAAAGUAUGAAGCUGACGCAAAGACUUCAGCGCUGCUUGAUGAUGCUCUAAAACCUAAUGACCGUACCUCUUCUUUCAUUGACCUUUAUCAAGACACCGUGGAUUAUGAGACAGCUCUGGAAUCAGUUUCCGUCGUGGGACAAGUAGAUGAUGCUGAUGAUAUCGUUCCCGUUUCAGAAACACUUGAAGUCAGUGAUACUUCUUUAGGCAUGAUGAAAGAAGUUGAAAAGUUAAUUAAAGAGAAUACUGAUUUGUAUGAGACAAAAAACGCUCUAAACGUUUUAAAGGAUGACCUCAUUCGAAAACUAGACGAAGUUACUGGGGAGAAAGCCUUGUUAAUGCAAGAAGUUCAUGGCAUACGUAUGGAUCGAGACAAUAUUAAAUCUGAAGCUAAUCGUCUAUCACGUUUGGUUUAUGAAUGUCGUGAUCAAAUAUCGAGUUUAACUGCUCGUCUUAAAGUUUACGAAGAUGUCAAUGAAGCUGAUGGGCAUUCAUCUAAACUAUCAGUGGCACCAGUACAGCAAUCCAAAUCUUGUUGGACUUUAAAUACUGUAGAUUGCAUUGAAGAUACAAAUUAUCCAUCGAAACAUCGUAAUAAAUCUUUAGAUAACUUAAAUAGUAUUUCGCCAGAGAAUACUUUAACUAAAAAUGAAAACGAUGGUGAUGCAUCUAUUUCUAUGAAAAGAGUGACCAAAUUUGGCGAAGCUUGUUUCACUAAACGAGAAAUGGCACGCGUAAUAGCGGAGCGUAAUAGCUAUAAAGAAAGAUUCUUGGAAUUACAAGAUGCAGUGCGUUUAGCGGAGAGGCUUCGAGGAGAACGUGACUCUCGUUUUCAACAAGUAUCAAUGAAUAAUAAUUAUGAACGGUGUGUCCAAAAGUCUCCUAGUGUCUCUGAAUCUUUCUUUUCUGCCGUUCAAUCUGGUUUAAAUGAACUGUUUUCUAAUUUUGACCAAGCAGUGCCUUUAGCCUCCGUUUUGCCUUCAGAAGCUCAGUGUUACGGUCCAUUUCCACUUGAUAGUCAUAGCUAUUCCCAGCCACCACACCAAAAGGAACAUACAAAUACUUUAGGUGCUAGAAGGAAGAAUUCUGUUGGACUAAGAAGCAUGUUUAGCAGGUUGUUUGGCUAUGCAGUUGCUUACAGUACUGACGCAAGUAUCGGUGUUGGUCAUGAUCUAGUCGUUGGUCUGGGUAGCCAAUCUUUAUCCGAUGAAAUUAUGUCUAAAUCACAACAAAUUAAGCACCAUUCAAAUCACCAAUUGUGUACUAAACACCACCGAAAUUCAAUAUCACAAAUGUCUGACAGCACUAAUAGUACAUUAUCUAUUUUAUCAUCUCCAAGUCACCGUGAUGGUGAUAAUAAUGAUAAUAAUAAAAAUCCUAAGGAACCUUCCUCGCUUCGUACACAGCUGUCCAUGGAUUCUCCACCUUGCACGCCUACAAAUGAAGUUACACAAUGCUAG